CCUGGGGUGAAGUGUUAAAUGAGGUGAAUGCUGUUGGUAGAGUCACCCGCAAUGUUACUGAAAUUCGGCGGAAGUUUUCUGCUGAUCUUCGUGUGAGCGUUAAGAAAAAAGCAGCACAAGAUAAGAAAUAUGCUGGUGGAACAGAAGAAGAAAGAGAACCAACCCCCAGACCCUCAGGAGCUAGGUUUACAGCUACCGGUAGUUGUUUCCGAGAGGAAUUUAUGUUUCGGCCCGUUCAAGAGAAAGAUGAUUCUAUAACCCGCAUUCUGAAUGAGGAUAUACAGGAACAUGAUAUCACAGUACCCAUUGUGCAUUUAGAACCUGAAACUUCAGCACCUACAAACAUUCCUGGAUUUUCAUCAUCCGGAACAUAUGAGGUAGAAACAUGUAGUUCAAGCAAUACUCGUCAACCUAUUGCUGCUACCAAGGAACAGCGAAGUAGGUCUAGUACCCCUUCUGCCACAGCUGUUAGGUCAACUGUAACUGGUGAUUACACUGAUGAAAUGGAUUCAUCUCCAAUGCCAAGUACGAACAGUAGUGGCAGGAGGCCACGAACCUCUUCUGCCCGAAAAGAUGAAGAUCUUCUUCGAGAGAUGCUUCGUGUUCAAACACAAAUGAGGGACAGUUUUUUACAGCUUGUAGCUCACACAGAGUGCAUUGCAUCUGCAAUGCUAUGCAUUGCAAAAGUUAUGCAGUCGAAAAAUCCUAUCCAAUGAUGCUGUGUUUAUGGUAUGUGUAUAUGUAGUUGUUUACUUAGGUAAGUCCUUUACUUUUGGUAAAUGUGAUAAUAGCGUAGUUGAAAAGUCAUCAAACACUUAUUAUAAAUUUUCCUUUGAGUGAUUGUUAUGAAGGAAGAUCGCAUGUUAAAAAAUUGUGUAACUUUCACUUGCAGCCUAUACUAGUCAUGAAAAUGU